AUGAAAACUUUUUUUGAAACCAUCAAACGUUCCUAUACCGAAGUACCAAUCAAUGAAGAAGGAAUUGACACAAUUGCUUUUCUUGAAGCCACAGAAGGUCUUGUCCAAUUAUUUGAUUUAUUGGGUUCUACCGCAUUCAGUAUUGUUCAAAAUGACAUGAAUGGUAACAUUAAGAAAAUUCAAGCAAAAUAUGACACAGAUCCUUCAAAGAACAACAGUUUAGAGAAUUUAAUAAAGAACGAAGCAGGUGAAAAGAAACGUGUUGCAACAGAAGGACUAUUAUGGUUAAAACGUGGAUUAGAACUUACCUCAGUUGCUUUACGUCGUUCAAUUAAUAACGUAUCUGAAGAAUUAUCGGUUUCAUUUACCAUGUCUUAUGGCGAAACUUUAAAACAAUAUCAUAACUUUGUUGUUAAAUCUUUGUUCACGGUUGCAAUGAAGGCUUGCCCUUAUCGUGAAGAAUUUUUUAAGAAAUUAGGGGAUGAUCAAGAGGUUGUAAUUGUAAAGUAUAAAGAAUGGUUAGGUGCUUUAGAAGUUAUUGUUAAAAGAUUGGAUGACUUUUAUGUUAAAAAUGGAUACGACAAAGGUUUCAAAUAA